GGAAGUGCUCAGGCAUCCAGGAGACACACCUGGCUUCCAGAUGAGGAAGACUGGGGCCUGUUGGAAGUACAAAGCACAGCCCCUGCACCCUCUGCCCCUGAGAGCUCCAUGCAGGUGCCACAGGAUGGAGAGGACUUUGCUGGCCAACCCUGGUACCACGGCCCACUGUCCCGCCAGAAGGCUGAGGCCCUCCUCCAGCAAGAUGGUGACUUCUUAGUUCGUGCAUCUAAGUCCCGUGGGGGCCACCCUGUGAUCUCCUGCCGUUGGCGGGGCUCAGUCCUACACUUCGAGGUGUUCCGUGUGGCCCUGCGCCCCCGGCCAGGCCGGCCCACAGCCCUCUUUCAGCUGGAAGAUGAGCGUUUCCCAAGCCUGCCUGCCCUGGUUCGCAGCUAUGUGACCGGCCAGCGUACACUGUCCCAGGCCACUGGAGCUGUGGCGUCCAGGCCAGUGACGCGGCAAGGACCUAUUCGACGCAGCUUUAGUGAAGACACCCUUCCAGACGGCCCGGCUUGGACAGAGCCACUCAGGGCUAGGAAGCGGAGUGACAGUCAGCCCGCAGGCUUGCAGCAUAUGGGGCAGCCAACAGAAGACCACCCUGGUUCAGGAGCUUCCACUAUGCCUGCAUCUGCCCUGCCUCGGACAGGUAGUGACUCCGUGUUGCUAAAGGUGCCCGUUCCCCUGGGGUCCAUUGCUGACAGCCUCAGGGCCUCUGAUGGGCAGCUUCAUGCCAAGGCACCAACCAAGCCACCUCGAACAUCCUCACUGAUGCUGCCUGAUGCCUCUGGACGCCCCCCAACGUACUGUGAGCUGGUGCCCCGAGUGCCCAGGGUCCAGGGAACACCUCCUGGCCAUAGCUGCCCAGAGCCAGAGGCGCCAUGGUGGGAGGCUGAGGAGGAGGAGGAGGAAGAGGAGGAGAACAGAUGUUUUGCAAGACCGCAGGCAGAGGUCUCUUUCUGCCCACCUGACAACCCCUUCUGCCUGCUGGGCUCCCAGAAUCGGCCCCUGGAAACCGAAGUCCUGCAUACGCUCCAUGGCCUGUUCCUGGAGCACCAUCCUGGGAGCACCGCUCUCCACCUGCUAUUGGUGGAUUGCCAGGCGACUGGCCUCCUGGGAGUGACCAAGGCCCAGCGGGGCGCCAUGGGGGUCGCCUCUGGUCUGGAGCUGCUCACACUUCCCCAUGGGCAUCGCUUGAGGUUGGAACUGCUGGAGAGGCUCGAGACGCUGGCACUGGCGGGGGCGCUGGCAGUGCUGGGCUGCGCAGGGCCGCUGGAGGAGCGCGCGGCCGCCCUGAGGGGCCUGGUGGAGCUGGCCCUGGCGCUGCGGCCAGGGGCGGCGGGAGACCUGCCCGGACUGGCCGCGGUCAUGGGCGCCUUGCUCAUGCCCCAGGUGUCGCGGUUGGAACGCACGUGGCGCCAGCUGCGAAGGAGCCACACCGAGGCUGCGCUGGCCUUCGAGCAGGAGCUGAAGCCACUGAUGCGGGCGCUGGAUGAGGGCGCCGGUGAGUGGCGUCUUUCGAUGAGUGGACCCUGCGACCCGGGGGAGGUGGCGCUGCCGUACGUGGCGCCCGCGGUGCGCCUGCUGGAGGGCGAGGAACUCCCCGGGCCCUUGGACGAGAGCUGCGAGCGGCUGCUGCGCACCCUGCACCGGGCGCGUCUGCUGGCCCGGGACGCGCCCAGAUUCCGCGAGGCGGCGGCUCGGCGCCUGCGAGGAUUCCGCCCCCACCCGGAGCUGAGAGAGGCCCUGACCACUGGUUUCUUGAGGAGGCUGCUCUGGGGGAGCCGAGGAGCUGGGGCGCCGUGGGCCACACGUCUUGAGAAGUUCCAGCGCGUCCUCAGCGUCCUGUCGCAGCGCCUGGAGCCUGACCAUUGAGAGCACAGACCCGCCUCUUCACGCUGGGAUACCAAGGCUUCCAUGGAGACCAAGGAAGCCGCCCAAGCUUCCUCACA